GAAACAAAGGAAAUGGCAAAUGUAGAUUUCUUGCCCCUCCUGGCCAUGGUGAUCGUGCAGGUGGGUUUCGCGGGAAUGACCAUAACGUCGAAGCUGGCCAUGGACAGCGGGAUGAGCCCCUUCGUGCUCGUCACCUACCGCCAGAUCUUCGCCACCCUCGCCACCUUCCCCUUUGCUCAUUUCCUGGAGAGGAAGACAAGACCCAAAAUCACGGCCCCAAUUCUGCUCCAGAUCUUUCUAUGUUCUGUCACUGGGGUGUUCAUGAACCAAGUGUUCUAUUUCGUUGGCCUGAACAAUUCCACGCCCACGAUCGCGUGCGCACUGAGCAAUAUCCUCCCGGCCAUUACUUUCCUGUUUGCACUGAUCUUCAGGCAAGAAACGCUUGGAAUCAAGUCAAAGGCGGGGCAGGCGAAAGUGAUUGGGACGCUCGUUUGCGUGGGCGGAACGAUGCUACUUUCUUUUUACCACGGACCCUACAUCGGCAUCGGUCACUCUAGGAUUCAUUGGACAUACGCGGAGAAAAUGACAGAAAGACAUUCCACCCACAAGAGCAACUUCUUGCUGGGACCCGUUUUGAUUUUCGCUAGCUCUGCUGCCUGGGCACUCUGGUUCAUCAUCCAAGCGAAACUGAAUACUAAGUUUCCGGCUCCUCACACUACCACGACAUUAAUGUGUCUCAUGGCCAGCAUCGAGUGUGCGGCAGUUGGUGCAGCUGUUGAACACCAUGUCGCUGGAUGGUCGCUGAGGUCCGGAAUCCGGCUGAUCUCAACUAUUUAUGCGGGUUUCGUAUGUUCGGCCCUGGCGAUUUGCGUUAUGUCCUGGUGCAUCAAGAGAAAGGGUCCUCUGUACACCUCGAUCUUCAGCCCUUUGAUGCUAGUCAUCACAGCCAUCCUGAGCUGGGCGCUUCUUCAAGAGAAAUUGUUUGUCGGGAUAUUGGUGGGGUCUGCAUUGAUCAUUGCCGGGCUCUACUCUGUCCUAUGGGGAAAGGAUAUGGAGGAAAAACAAGCAGCAGCAGAGGAGUGUAGGGAGAAAGAAGACUUGGAGUUGCAGCUUCCGGCACAGAAACGGCAGCAACGUUCAACAUGACCACAAUUGACUAUGACCCCUACAAGAAAACGA